CCACCGGCCGUGCUGCAGCGGCGGCGGGGGACGUCCCGCUGCCCACCCCGCAUGGCGGGGCACGAGUGGGACUGGUUCCAGCGCGAGGAGCUGAUCGGGCAGAUCAGCGACAUCCGAGUGCAGAACCUGCAAGUGGAAAGGGAAAAUGUGCAGAAGAGGACCUUCACCAGGUGGAUAAAUCUACAUUUGGGAAAGCGCAGUCCUCCUCUGAAAGUGAGAGACCUGUUUGUUGAUAUUCAGGAUGGGAAAAUCUUGAUGGCUUUAUUGGAGGUCCUGUCAGGCCAAAAACUGAUGCAUGAAUACAAAUCCUCCACCCAUCGUAUUUUUCGGUUGAAUAAUAUAGCCAAAUCACUUAAGUUUCUGGAGGACAGUAAUGUAAAACUGGUUAGCAUCGAUGCAGCAGAAAUAGCGGAUGGAAAUUCAUCUCUGGUACUGGGGCUAAUAUGGAAUAUAAUCUUGUUCUUUCAGAUUAAGGAACUUACAGGAAACCUCAACAGGAACUCAUCCUCUUCCAGCCUGUCAUCAGGGCCCAGUGGAGCUGACUCAGACACCUCUUACCCUAGCACUCCAAACGUAGAGAGGAGCAUGUCUGUCACAGUGAAGGAUCAGCGAAAAACAAUCAGAGCCCUUUUGACCUGGGUCCAGAGAAAAACACGAAAAUAUGGUGUUGCAGUUCAGGACUUUGCCAGCAGUUGGCGGAGUGGCCUUGCUUUCUUAGCUGUAAUAAAAGCAAUCGAUUCCACCUUGGUAGAUAUAAAACAAGCUUUGGAGAAAUCAGCCAGGGAAAACUUAGAGGAUGCUUUCAGCAUAGCACAAAAUGUGCUUGGUGUUCCUAGACUUCUGGAACCAGAAGAUAUAAUGGUUGAGUCACCUGAUGAACAAUCAAUCAUGACAUAUGUGGCACAAUUUCUGGAGCAUUUCCCAGAGCUAGAAGGGGAAGAUUUUUUAGAUCUUGAGAAGGAAUUACCCAUUGAAUCAACAUAUGUCCACAUUAAAGACACUCCUUCAGAACAGGAAGGCAAGAUUUUGAUUUUGAAUGAAAAUGGAGAACAUGCAUGUACAGUUAACCAUGAAAGGAGCCAGCCUCCUCCUAUAAAGGUUUGUGUCCAUGAUUUGCUGGAGGAAAUACAGCCAGAAAUUGCAAAUGAAGAACUUAAUGAUAAACCAGAUCAACCACUAUCGGAUAACUCACAGAGGGCCCCUGAAGAGUCCUCAGUAUUGGCCUCUGGAGAGGUACCUCAGAGGCCUACCUCUUUGCCGAUCACGGAUUCCGUCAGUUUUGACCCCAUUUCUUCCUGGGAUGUUCUUAGUGAUAAACUGAAUCCAAACGAAGAGGGUACAUACAAUCAUGCACUGAAACAGAACAACCAUCUUUUGGAUGUUCAGAAAAACGCAGCUGAUUCUUUUGAAGACUAUUCUGAACAGUUGGCUAGAAAGGCAAAUGAAGCUAAGACCUCGCCAGCUAACAAAAUAAAAGAUAGUUGUUCUUUCAACCUAUUAUCUCAGACUUCAGAUACACGUACAACUGAACCAAAAAAACUAAAAGGAGACAUGGAACCCCAAAAUGAAACUCUUCUAGAGGAAAAUGCCUCCAAAGAAGAAGAUAUGCAGCAUGUUUUGAAUCUACUCAGUGAAGAAAUAUCAACAUUUCAAGAAGCACAUGAACAUUCAGAACAAUUACCUGUUCUUCAGGGAGCACAAGUUAUCCAGCAUUUAUCCAAAGAUUUAAAUUUCAAAGGCCAGCUAGAAAUAUCUACAUCUGGCAAAUGUGGAAAACCAGCCCCGCUGGUGAGUAAAGUUCCUGGAAAUCUAGAUAAUCGUAGUGAAGGCAGAUCUGAAGCUAAAAUAUCACCAAGUUCUUCAAAAGUUUCUGUAAUUCCUCAUGAUCUUUUUUAUUAUCCACAUUACAGUGUCCCUAUAUCAGCAGUUUUAGAAGCUUUUGUUGAGCCUUGUCUUGAUUCUAAUGCUUCUAAAAACCAUGUUUCUUCUGAGCUUUUAAAUUCUUUGCAUGAGAAUAAUGAGCAGGAUGCACUGAAGCCAGGUCUGCAAAGCAACAUGGAUGUCUCUGCAACAGAAAUGGAUUCUGAAGACAUGCAGAAGGACAAAAUGGAUCGUCAUAGUUGCCCUGAGUUCUCCUGUGAAAAUGUAGAGGUUACCGUAGUAGAAAAGAAAAUAGAAGUUGAAGAAGAUGGCAAUGAAUCCACAAGCCCUCAAGAAACUGCAGUUCCAGAAAAUCCUGAGUUCACUGUAGACCAAUUGGAUAACAUAUCAACAACAGUGAUGAAACCAGAAAAAAACAGUAAAAGGAAGGAAAAAAAGAAGAAUGUUGUUCAAGCAGAAAGCUUUCAAACCUUAAAACCUGGGAUUACUUCAGUACUAGAUAAAUUAGAAGAAAUCAUUGAUUAUCAAGAAUUUUCCAGAACAAGCUGCAAUGAUUCCAGUGUUUACCUCCGAAAACAGAUUCCUAAUUCCACUGAAAAGGAACUUGUUAGCCAACAUGAAGAGAAGAACACAGAUUCAGGAGAAAGCACAGAUCUGGUUAUCAGGAAGAAGAAAGACUUAGAGUCAAAGGAACCUCUGGAGACUGUGGGUCCACCUCCAAAUUCUGUGUGUGUAGACCAACCCGAGUUGUUUUACUUCAUUGUUUUCCUCUGGGUGCUGGUCUACUGCCUGCUGCUCCUUCCACAGCUUGUUAGCAACAAACGUUGAUCUCUGUGAGUGAAUAAUAAAAGACAGUGGCUCGAUUUUUUUUUUUGGUGUAUGUGCAUAUAAAUCAGUUCCUUCAGGUGAAGCACAAACAAAUGUAUGUUCAGACAAACUGAAUUUGUAGCUCCUACACAGAUUAUUCCUAACUCUGUUAGUGUUGUGCUAUUACAGUGUCUUAGCACAUUUUAUAUUGUGACAUUGUGUACAUAUACAUAUAAAUAUAUAUAUAUAUGUAAGAAAAUGGCUUGAUUUAAUAUACACAGUUUUUGUACAUUUGUGCCUUGCUUUAUAAAUGCUAAAUAAAAUUGAUAAUUAUUAGAAACAUG